AUGGUCGAAGCUGGGUCUAUCGUUUUGGGAGUUGUGGCAAUUCUCUCAGCGCUGUUCCGGGCGUUUUUGAAGCCGAAGUUCGACCAAGCAGGUUUCUUUAGGGCCGGGACAAAUCGCAACAACGAUCACUGUUCGACGAUCGGCUUGGAGGCGUGCGAGGACAUAUGGGUCGAUCAGCCAACAGGCUUAGCUUACUUAGCCUGCAGUAGUCGUCCACAGCGUGCCUUUUGGGAAACGGGGUCGGCAAUACUGGAGGCGGAAAAACUACCUCUUCGCUCGCUCGAUCAUGUGACAAUCCUAGAUCUCAAAACCCACGAGCACCGCAAAGUGGAGCUGGUCAAUCUACCGCACCACAUAGUGGAGAACGGCAUCUAUGUCCAUGGCAUCGACGUUUUCGUGACUUUGGAUGAUCCAACCGAUAGCGCAACUACGAAUCAAAUUGAAUUUUCUGAUGGCUCAGCCAAUCAUCAGUCAGGGUCAAGACAAGCUACCAUAUACCUCAUCAACCAUCAACCCCCCUCCGACCGAAAGUCUGCACCUUUGGUUGGGGCUCAAAGCGUGAUAGAGGUUUUUGAUACAGUGUUGGGCGAUUCCAAAGCGACAUACAGGACAACAAUCAAACAUGAUCUGCUCUUAACUCCAAACAAUCUAGUGGGCAUCAGUGAAACCAGUUUCUAUGUUACAAAUGAUCACAGUUCAAAAGUGUCUUGGACCCGGCGUUUUGAGCCGUUUCUGACAGAUUCAGAGUUUGAUAGCAUUAUAUUUUGUUCGUUCAAAGAGGAGUUAAACUGCUUGCCAGCAGUAAGUGGUAAACAUCCCCACCCCAACGGAAUUGCCAAAGGACCCGGGGAUUCGUUGUACAUGGUCACCACUUUCGAUCCGUAUCUUAGAGUGUUUGAAAUGCAAGCCGAUCACACUCUAGCCCUAACUGAUGAGCUCAAACUGCCAAGAGUAGCCGACAAUAUUUAUGUUACGCCAAAAGGGUCUAUCUUUUUUGCUGGAAUACCAUCACUGUAUAGGUUCAGAAAGCGGAUACUCGGCAUGCAAGAAGGGAACUUUGAUAUACUUUCUCCCUCUGAUGUUUGGAAAAUAUCGAAUGAGACAUCAUCUGAUGCUUUUUACGGUGGAAGAUUGAAGGUGGAACUGGUUCUAGCUGACGAUGGGAAUAAAAUCAGUGGAAACACGGCAGUUGCUGUUUGGGAUUCAAAGCUCUAUCUCACCGGUCUUUCCAGUCCUUAUGUAUCAGUAUGCAAAGUUGAUGAGGAGUUGGCUCAGUGA